AUGGUAUCGACCUCCUUAUCCCACGCGCCCGUCGAACUGCUGCAUCAGAUACUCUCUUACGCCGCGACGCCACGAGAUGUCCUCUCCUUUGCCCUGACGUGCCGGCACAUGUGGGAGGCAUGGCAAUGCCGCCACGCUGGACUACGCACAGCUUGGAGGCUCUCUGCAACGGAGAUACCCGCCGCCGAGCAGGCACUCAUUGCGCACCGCGCAAGCCAGGUCGUUCUGGAUGCCGAACGCCACGCCAAGCGGCCCCCAAGGAACAUCGAUCUGGCCGGGCUGAGCAGCACGCGUCGCCAUGUCGACCCAAGCGAGCUGUUGGCCGUUCGGCAGCUGCACCUCCUGGCCGGCGCGCUCGAGAAGCGCUUUUACCUCGGUAGCAAAUCCGCAUUGCCCGAGGACGUCCACGGCCUGGACACGCCUGAGCCGGCGGAUCGAAUGGCCGAGUGGAGGGUCAACAUGCACAAGGCCAUCUACCGGAGCAUCAUUACCGGCGCCGCCCUCGCCGGCGUGUACAAAGAGCCGUGGGUGCAAGCCGGGGCCAGGGAGGAUCUAAAGCUCAAGCCCUACUCCGAGUUUACAGGGGAAAAGCACGAAGACUUUCUCGACACGUUCCCCGUCCUUCGGUUCGAGACGACCGAGGAAGAGCAAGAAGCAGCAUUUGGGGUCUACGGCGAGUGGCUGUUGAAAGAGCUUCGUCGUGACGUGCAUGCCAAGGCCAUCAUGGCGCAGCGAUUUGCAACCUGCUCUGGAAGAGCCCGCAGCUGCCACGAGAGAGAGCAUCAGGAGCCGCAAGACGGCGAGGGGGGUGGGCGCGAAGCGUGUCCCGUCCAGCUUGUGGAUGGAGGAAGCCAUUCGGACGCACAUGCCGUCGUCCUGGAGCUGAUGCGCCUGCUCUGGGCAUGCUGCUGCGUGGUAGGCGUGCUGAGCGCUUUCCAGGAGAAGGAGUGUCGAGACCCUGCGACGUGUGUUCCCAUCGUGCCUUGGGGCAGAUUUAGCUCCUGGCUGGUGACGAUUACGCCGCCGAAAGGCCACGACGUACCAAGGUUCAAGACGGAGCGGCCGGACGGAGUCGGCUCGGAAGUGGACGACAGCUGGUGGGUUACGGCAAGAUUUGCGGGCAUGGACAACCAGGAUCCCAUCGAGGAUACCGACAUAUAUCCGCCCUUCAUAGAGGCCAAGUUCUUUGUUUACUUUCUCCGGCGGCACAUGAAGCUCGCCUUCCACGACAAUUUCUUUCACCCGGACGAGGGCGCGGAAAUCAACGACAACUGGCUCCAGUUUAUGGAUUCGCUGCUCAUCUUCUCCCUGGAUGAUGUCGGCGAUCGCGAUGCGUAUUACCCAGAGUACGCAAGCAUGGAACUCUUCCCGGACAAUGGGUUCCUCGACGGCGGGGACCUCCUGGUGAGCUGGGACGCCCUCGAAGCACGCAAAGCCGCCUUGCAAUAG